AGCCGUGCACCCUUUCCUCGCUACCCCAGCGGACCGUAAAUUCGCGCGGCUGCGGAGACGUCGAGGACGCGCUCCGGGGCUCGCGCCUCUGCCUCGGGGACUCAAAUCAGCGGGAGCGGGAAGGGGCGGGGCGGACGGCGCGGGGGCGGGGCCUGAGGCGGCGAGGGCGGCGGCGGCGGCGGCGGCUGCGGCCACGACCCAGACAUCUGGGACUGUUGUUGUUCUCUCGGCGCACGCCCGCCUCAGUCAGAUCACCCAGAGACCCGGACCUGGUCAGCCGGGGCGCGGGCGGCGGUAUCCGCCCUCUCUCUCGGUUUUCUAGAGCUACGACAGGAGGUGGCACUAACACGCUGCAGCUGGUCUCCGAUGCCCUUCAGUGAGGAGGGGGAGUCCGGACCCUGGUGAGCACAUCCAGGUUCCCAGUUGGGUGUCUUGGCCGGCCGCUCAGGCCCGCAUAUCCACGUCUCGCUGACAUGGCUGAAAACGCAGAGGGAGACCUGAACUCCAACCUGCUCCACGCCCCCUACCGCACCGGCGACCCUCAGCUAGACACGGCUAUCGCGCAGUGGCUCCGUUGGGAUAAGAAUCCUAAAACAAAAGAGCAGAUUGAAAAUCUUUUACGGAAUGGGAUGAAUAAGGAGUUGCGGGAUCGUCUUUGCUGCCGAAUGACUUUUGGGACUGCAGGACUUCGUUCUGCUAUGGGGGCAGGAUUUUGCUAUAUUAAUGACCUUACAGUAAUACAAUCAACACAGGGGAUGUACAAAUACCUUGAGAGAUGUUUCUCAGACUUCAAGCAGAGAGGCUUUGUUGUUGGAUAUGACACUCGGGGUCAAGUAACUAGCAGCUGCAGCAGCCAGAGGCUUGCUAAACUCACUGCUGCAGUUUUGCUGGCUAAAGAUGUUCCUGUGUACCUUUUUUCAAGAUACGUUCCUACACCUUUUGUACCAUAUGCAGUCCAGGAGCUCAAAGCAGUUGCUGGUGUGAUGAUUACUGCAUCUCACAACCGCAAGGAAGACAAUGGAUACAAGGUUUAUUGGGAAACUGGUGCUCAAAUCACAUCUCCUCAUGAUAAAGAAAUUCUGAAAUGUAUAGAAGAAUGUGUUGAACCCUGGAAUGGUUCCUGGAAUGAUAAUUUAGUGGACACUAGUCCACUGAAGAAAGAUCCUCUACAGGACAUUUGCAAGAGAUACAUGGAAGAUCUGAAAAAGAUCUGUUUUUACAGGGAAUUAAACUCAAAGACCACCUUGAAAUUUGUGCAUACAUCCUUUCAUGGUGUCGGACAUGACUAUGUGCAGUUGGCUUUUCAAGUGUUUGGUUUUAAGCCUCCAAUUCCAGUACCAGAACAAAAAGAUCCUGAUCCAGACUUUUCUACUGUUAAAUGCCCAAAUCCUGAAGAAGGAGAAUCUGUACUGGAACUUUCUCUGAGACUGGCAGAAAGAGAAAAUGCCCGGAUAGUGCUAGCCACAGAUCCUGAUGCAGACCGACUGGCAGUGGCAGAACUUCAGGCGAAUGGUCGUUGGAAAGUCUUCACAGGAAAUGAGCUGGCAGCAUUAUUUGGAUGGUGGAUGUUUGAUUGCUGGAAGAAAAAUAAACCAAGAAAUGCUGAUGUGAAGAAUGUUUAUAUGUUAGCCACUACUGUCUCUUCUAAAAUUUUGAAGGCAAUUGCACUUGAAGAAGGAUUUCAUUUUGAAGAAACAUUACCAGGUUUUAAAUGGAUUGGAAGUAGGAUAAAAGAUCUCCUGGAAAAUGGGAAAGAAGUCCUCUUUGCAUUUGAAGAGUCUAUUGGUUUUCUGUGUGGAACUUCCGUUUUGGAUAAAGAUGGGGUAAGUGCAGCCGUUGUUGUUGCUGAGAUGGCAUCUUACCUGGAAACCAUGAGUAUAACAUUGAUGGAGCAACUGAUUAAAGUUUAUGAAAAAUAUGGUUAUCACAUGUCAAAAACUUCAUAUUUCUUGUGUUAUGAUCCACCUACCAUCAAAAGUAUAUUUGAAAGGCUUCGCAAUUUUGAUUCUCCGAAAGAAUAUCCAAAGUUUUGUGGGACAUUUGCUAUAUUGCACAUACGGGAUGUUACCACUGGAUAUGACAGCAGCCAGCCUAAUAAAAAAUCAGUGCUGCCUGUGAGUAAAAACAGUCAAAUGAUUACUUUUACUUUUCAAAAUGGAUGUGUUGCUACUCUUCGGACAAGCGGGACAGAACCAAAAAUAAAGUAUUAUGCAGAGAUGUGUGCUUCACCUGACCAGAGUGAUACUGCGUUGCUAGAAGAAGAAUUGAAGAAACUCAUUGAAGCUCUGAUAGAGAAUUUUCUUGAGCCUAGUAAGAACGGACUGAUCUGGCGUUCUGUGUAGGGCACCUCGGCAUGUCAUGACUUUGCACUGGCAUAUGGAACAGACAACCCAAGACUCCACGUGUUGAACCUCAUGUCAGCCUUCUCUAUCUCAUCUGGCCAAGUAUCUUUUUCCUUCUUCUUUUCUUUUUCAUUUGUUCAGCUGACUAAAUGAAAAGUAUCAAUUUGAAAGUAAAAUGUCUGGAGGGAAAUGAAAUUCAAGUUUUUCAUAAUCUUGAAUGAAAAUCAUAACGUUAAAAUAUUAUAGUGAUAUAUCAUUACUGUUUAAAACUAAUAUCAUGCUGACUUUAAAGCAAAGCAUAACAAUAUAAAAGUGAGUUUUCUUAUUGUAGUGUGAUUAAGCUUAGUUCUGUAUCUUGUAACUGUGUAUAGCAUGGUUUAAAA